CGGAUCUCCUGCAACAUGGGAAAAGAAGAAGCCAGAUCAAUAAAGGAAGUUGCUGGCCACAAGGAGGUGGAGAUGGAGAGGUCCUGCCCUGACUCAGUGCCCCACAUGAGAAGGCCUGAGGAUGUGUGCCACUUCAUCCUGGUUCUCUCUGGACUCCUGAGCACUGCAGUGUUACUACCCAGAGUCCUCCCCUUCCUGAUGGCUCUGCUGGUCUCACUUCCAGGAGGGCCUCUGGCCAUGGCUCUUCUGCUGUCAGCAGCAUGUCUGCACACUGGAAACUCAGCAGGAUCCAACGAAGGAAAGGCGUAUGGCUUCAACCAACCAGCAAACCUCUCUGGGGUCCAGGGUGGCUCCAUCGAGAUCCCCUUCUCCUUCCACUUCUCCUGGGAGUUGGCCAAGGAUCCGCAGAUGAGCAUAGCGUGGAGAUUGAACCACUUCCAUGGGGAAUUCAUCUACAACUCCACCCUGCCUUUCAUACAUGAGCACUUCAAGGACCGGCUCAUCCUGAACUGGACACAGGGUCAGACAUCUGGAGUCCUCAGAAUCCUGAACUUGAAGGAGACUGACCAGACCACAUACUUCAGCCGAGUUUCUCUGCUAACAACAGAAGGCAUGAAGGUUUGGCAGUCGAUUAAUGGGACCCAACUCACCGUGACACAUGGCUCUUCAGUAAUUAGAAAAUGAGUAAGAAAAUGUCUGCCCUUUCAUGAUGUAGCUGCUGUGUCUUGUGAUCCCUCCAGCCCCUCUGAUGCAGCAGUAACUGAAGUCCCCUGGACUGGGAGCCCUGAGGCCCAGCGUGGUCACUGUGUGUCCCUGCACAUGACCCUACAGCAGUGGGGACUGUGUGGCUGUGCUGUUCUUAUGACCUUGCUCUGUGGAUCCCAUGUUUUUCCUUUUAACUUAGCUGUUCAUUUGUUUGUUUGUUUGUUUGUUUGUUUUAUGUCAGGGUCUCAGCAGGUAGCCCUGGCUGUCUUAAUACUGACUAUGUAAACCCAUCAGGACUUGAACUCAGAAAGAAAAAGGAGCCAUUUCAUGUACGUGUCUAGUUCAGAGGUUCUCCACUUUCCUAAUGUGGCAAAUAAUUCAUACAGUUCAUACAUCAUGUUAUGGGGUCCACACACAUAAAAUUAUAUCAGUGCUACUUCAUAACAUUGAUUUUCCUACUGUUAUAAAUAACAAUGUAAGUAACUAAUAUGCAUGACACCUGAUAUUCAAUCGAUGUGGGGGCAGUGAUGCACGGGUUGAGAACCACUGGUCUAGAAUUCAUAAAUAUGUACAUUUUGGGGAAAUUGUCCUUACUGCUGUCCAUUAAUCACAAGCCUCAAAUGAGUAUCAUUCAUGGGCAUUUCCUCAGUCAAUGGGAAAAAUAUCUCCAAUCUCAUGAGACCAUCUGGAGAUAAUUGGGAUCUUGGAGAAGUCACUGAGGCUUCUUUUGGCUAAAGCGAAGUGUCUCUGAGCAGUGGUUGUGACUGCAUCUAACUCUCCUGAGGCUGACCUCAGCAGCUCUCAUGGGCACAGUGACCAUGGGAGCUGGAGUAGUGUUUCUUCUGAGCAUCCCUGAAGUGAUGCACAGCAGGAUGGCAUGAUGGUGGUGUUCAGUCAUCUAAAGAAGUCUAUUUGUCAGGUCCACGACAUAGGCAUCUGCCCACAGAGAAGGGCACUUCAUACAGUUGCUCAAAAGGUCAUAUAACUUCCCAAGUCCUUUUCCAUAGUUCAUGUCACAGAAAAGACUUACACAGAGCCAAGAUUCUCAAUAUCACAUAGGUACUUAAGCACCCGUUGUAUACACUUAGGCAGACUGUGUCUCUGAUCACCCAAAAGAGAGCAUUAUGGUCCAAAUGGAGAGCAGACAUUGUCUUGGCUUGUGUGUUCACACAUCUUCCCUGGCUACCAAUGCUUGGCUUGUGUGUUCCAUGGACUGAGCUUGUCAGUAAGACAAAGUACCAGAGGAAAUUGGGCAUCAUAAUAUGCCUGUCAUCCCAACUAUUGACGACAGGUAGUGAUGGGAAGAUUAUCAGUUGAGCACUGGUUCUCAACCUGUGGGUCACCACCUCUUUGACUGUACCAAGUCUCAGUCACAGGAGUGGCACGUCAGAUAUUCUGCAUAUCAAAUGUUUAUAUUACUAUCAUUACAUUAGAAAAAUCAGUCAGGAAACAGCAAUGAAAUACUUUUAUGUUUAGAAUCACCUUAACAUGAGGAAAGGUUGUCCCAGCCUUUGGAAGCAUGAGAACUACUGAAUUGGAAGCUACUCUGGGCACCUCUUGAGUUUAUGCCAGCCUAGGUUACACGAGACUUUGUCUUUCUUUCUUUUUUAUUUUAUUUUAUUUUUGGUUUUUCG